AUGAUUGUUGAGUUCAGCGUCUUAGAGGAUAGAGCUGGAGCUUUGAAAAUACUUUACAACUUGGCGUUGUUGCUCCACCAGAUGGCCAAAUUGACGAAGCGAUCAUAUGCGUGUGAUCUGGAGCCAUUCGUACCCGAUGAAAACGAGAAACGGAAGAUCGUGCUGUUGGAUGGUUCAAUCGAACGGACGAUUAAACAUACACAGAGCGGUGGUGAAAUGGACGUUGAGCGACUCAAAAGCGUAUACGAGACUCUGCGAGGAUUAGACGAAGGCAGCCCCAUCACACAUCUGCAAACCGUGGAAAAAUUGAACCUGAUGCAAGACGGGCGGAUUAUCUCCGCGUUGAAGUAUUGGCAUGGAUGCGGGUACUGCCACGGUGAUAUUCGAUGGCGUAACAUCGUGUUAGUGCCGACCUCUGGUCUCAGCUAUUGGGUGUUGAUCGAUAUGGACGAGUCGCUUCAACCCGACACAACGACUAUUCACUGGAACCAUCGGUAUCAUGGCCAGAAAUUACGAAUCCAGCACGACUUGUGUCAGCUUGGUCAGCUGAUGGAAAAGCUACCCUUUGAAUUUUCUGGCGAUCUGAAGACCAUGCAAGCGAUGCUUCUAUCGGCGGUAGAUACCCGAGAGUUGACGGCGGAAGUUGCGCUUACAAUGCUGGAGGCGUACAUUCGAUCUAACGGCUUUCCAAACCGGUUCUAA